AAGAAGAAGAAGGCUCUCAGUAUGAUGUGCUGUAGUCUUAGAAAUCUAAAGGAGGUGGUACUUUGUUUCUAGCCUGUUCUUGAAUUUCAUCAAGCUAAUUUUAAUAUUACAGAAAGAUAAAUUGAACAAAUACAAAAUUCAGGUUUCAAAUGCUGAUUUCAUUUGUUAAGAAAAAGCUGUCCAAACCUGCCUAGCCCUAUGUGAAUAAGUAACACACAACCACCACCACCGCACCCCAAAGGAAAAUAUUUUUUUGGAAUGUUGAAUUACAUUUCACUUGCCACACCCACCUUGAUUACUUCCAGACCUGUUGAAUCAAGAAAUCACUUAAAUAGAACCUGUUAGACAAACGAUUUCAAAAAGCAAGACUUCAUGCCACGACCAACAGAUGAGAAACAGAUAAUUGACAUAUCAGUCAGGUAACCAUUAAUUAAGCUUUGGGACUUCAGCAAACCACAAUGAGAGCCAUUAUCCACAAAUGGAGAAAACUUGGAACAUUGAUGAAACUUUCCACGGGUGGCAGGGACAAAAGAAUUACUCCUUGAGUGCAAUGAUGACUCAUCCAGAAGCUCAUAAACGUACCCAGAACAACAUCUGAAGAACUGGUCUGCCACAGUUAAGCUCUUGUAACUGGACCUGCAUGAUCUUAACACUGCAGUGGCCAGGAAGCUUCUGUCUGAUGAUUGAUAGUAAAAACAACUGCAGAAUACCACAGAAUAUCCAGGAGUGGACCAUUCAUGGCCUUUGGCCUUUAAAGGAUUGUUAUUGCUGUUCCUGUUGGCCAAUAUUUCAUUCUCAUCUCCAGGAAUUAGAGCCAGCACUUUCUCAGCUUUGGCCUUCAUUUUUGAAAACGAGGAGCAACUUCACAUUUUGGAAAGAGGAAUGGUUAAAGCACGGAACAUGUGCAGGCUGUGUGGAAAGCAUGGGCUCGCCUGUUCUCUACUUCAGGACGGUUCUUAAACUCCGGUUGGUCUUUAACGUUGAUAAUGCCUUGGCAAAUGCAGGUAUUCAACCCUCCUGCAAUGUUUCCUAUAAGUACGAUGAACUGCAUGGUGCAUUGGAACCACUGCUUGGAAAUAACUUUGUGUUACAGUGUGUGACUGAUGAGAAGGAAAGAGAGGCAUGGGUGCAGUUAAAAAUCUUUAUCUCUAAGAACGUGACUCUUGGAUGCCAGACAGCAGAGAAACUCGAGAGCAGCAGAGUCACAAACACUUCCUACGGACACCCCUGCCUCACUAACGCUACUGUUUUCUACUUCCCUAUUAACCAUGAGCACCCAGAACAACCAUGCUGAACAACGCAUUAGUCAGCGCUCUCUCAGUUUUCCAAGGAAGCGGAGAUUGAGAAUUUUGAGCUGCUCGUCCAGUUCCAUUCGGACGAUGCCGUCUUCUCCGUCAAUACUGAGCAGGACUCCGGUGGCCUCUCUGUCUUCUCCCAAAAUCACUUUCACCUACAAGUCAGA